AUGGCGCGCUCCCAAGCCCAAGUGCAUAUUGAGACCUUACAGAGCUUCGACUCGGUCUCAGUUGAUGCCGAUGGUGGUGCAAGUCCUAGCGAAGACUCUGUACUCAGCUUGAUAAGGAAGAAUAUGAUGGUCAUAUUUCAAGCUAUAAUGGUGGAAUUUCAGAAACGCCAGGAAGAAAAUCCUUUCGAACCUCAACUACAGCAGCCACAACAACCACAGCAGCAGCUACAGCAGCAACCGCAAGAAAGAGUGACCGACACAUCAACGAAAGAAAUCUUGGCAUGCUUAAACCGCUAUUUCAAGGAAGAGAUGAUUGCCUGUUGGUUCGCAGACGAAGUUAGCAUUGACAUACUUUCCAAGCUUGCGGGCCUCCAUUUGAAGGGCACUGAUUGGUACAAAUUUGAAUUCAUUGUGUCAUCUGCUAAGGUUGUAAGGAAAGCAACCAAAUGCCUACGUACCCUUGCCAAAAGAAGCAAAAAAACUGUCGAGCAUUUGUGCAACUCAUAUUGCUUGGAUGGCUUGCUUGGCAGGUUGCAAUAUUUCAAUGAAGCAUACAUCCCGCGUAAGAAUAAGCUGAUUGAUCUGAAACUUCUCCUUGUUCUUAUCGAAAGAAAUGUGGAAAUAAGAUCGAGUCUUAGGAGAGAAAAGUUAGUGCUAUCAAAGGUCGUGAAAAUUCUUGAACCAUACAUGGAGCCAGACCCUAGAGACGAGGAAAAGACACUGUUGAAUGAUGACGAUGCUGACUUCUGUACGCUCAUCUUAAAGACUAUACUUCAGAUUUGCAAAUUUGAUGUAGAACUACCCUACAAUCAGACGGAAAUUGACCAGUACUUCAGUCUCAUGACAUGCCUGAAGAGGUGCAUCCUCAUUCCAGUUGCUGACCCCAAGAGGAAGAGUGCCAUUAUGGAACUGAUAUACAACAUCCUGAAAUACACACCUCUGCAAGUGGCUGGCGAGUUGUUGUGGAGUGUGACAGAGAGGCCCCCGUACGGCCACAGUAGCGAUGAUAUUGACGAUUUCUGCUCCACACACGAUUUCUACACUAUUAAGGAGCUGUUGAAAGUUUUGGAAAGGCUGAUUAGAAAUCCUAAACCAGUUAUGCUGAAGCAAGAGUACAUCCACACCGUGAUGAUAAGCCUGAAAAGGUUGUGUAUGGCUGACAAAAAGAUCAUGGCCUACUGCAGAAGGAAGACAUUGGAGCCGAAAAAACCUGGUGAAUUUAACCUGUUUUCAGAAUUCGGCCCUGACUUGAAACAUAAAUUGAGUAGGACCGUUACGUUUGCUGAAUCUACUGUCGUCACAGAAACAAUCGGCUUCUUGUUUGCAGCUUGUGAUUUUGAUCGUAAAAUUUUCGUUGAUCUGACCGGCUACAUGGACCACAACUCAAUGUUCAUCGGUCAUCAUCAGCUGCCUCCGGUCGACAUACCAAAAGAUGCUAUGGUGUUCCGCAAAGGUUCCAGUGAAGACUCGAACUCAGCCGAAGAGAAUGAAAGAAGGAAGGAGAAACUUGAAAGGCAGAUGCAACAACUUGUGAAACGAACCGUUAUCUUGCACAGGAAAGGCGUGAUAGAUUUGAUAAAAUUCGAUAUUUCGGAAUCGGUUUUGAAUUUGGUUGGCCCGGAAAUCAGAAUAACCCCGCCUCGCGAGGGAGCCGAAUCAAGGCCGAUUGGUUGAUUGGUUGAAGGAUUGAUCAAAUGUUGAUUGGUUAAAUGAUUGAAUGUUUGUUGAUUGGAUGAUGUUAUAGUUAGACGAUUUAGUAAAUGCUUGUUUGGCUGAUUGAUUGAUUAAUGAUGUGUUAUUAUUGCUAUUAUUAUUAUUAUUAAUAUUGUUAUUACUAUUUGACAUAAUCAGGAAAUACUCAUCAGUUAACGAAGAGCACAAAACUUUAUUUAAAUUUUCAAAAUUUUUUUGAACUUGUGAAAAUUAGUUUAGUUGUUGUUGUU